AUGUCAUCGCUUUUGGAGACUCUUCAACAUGUUUUGGGUCAGGGCAAGUCGAUCCUUGGGCAUCGCAUCCCACCGCAAGGAAGUUCGUAUGAGAACCGCAGAGCGAAGAUAUGGCCACUUUCAUCUGCAGUUCGAAAAGAGAUCGAAAAAGGAACUGUUUCUAACAUGAGGGUAGUGUUGCGUGGUAUGCGCAGGGUAGGUAAAAGUACUUUGCUGGCUCGUCUCGGUGGGCAUCCACUUCCUUCCAUUUACAAGGCCUCUAUGGAAAUUACUGCAACAACAUUGCGUUUCCUCGGGGAAGGCUAUGCUUCUCAUGAGGGUACCAGGGUGGAUGUCUGGGAUGUUGUUGAUAGCGGUGAAUCGUCUGUGGGCGUUAUCCCCUUUAUCCCCGACUCGCAGCGCAACAAGGAUCAACUUGAGCUAUGCUUGAAAAUGGUUCCGAAUGUGUGUGACGCACGUAACAUUGACGUGUAUUGUGGCUGUCAUUUAACCAUCUUUUUGAUUGACUGCACUCGUCCUAUAACGCUGGAUUACGCUGUUCAGGAGGCAGAGCACGUGCCGUACAAUUGCUGCAUUGUUUUUGCAUUAAACUUUAUGGAUGUACCUUUGGAAGAGCACAAGAUUGAUCUAGAUGAUGUCACUGCAGCGUGUAAACAGCUACGGCGCACCACGACCUCCUUUAUAUCUCAGAUUGUUCAGUGCGGACCCCCUCCGCUUUCGUUUUCUGUACCUGCCCUCGCCGUGCCGAUCAGCGCCAAGACUGGGGCUGGCAUUAGUUCCCUCCUCGAGUGCUUUAAUGCCCCCAAUGAGCUUCUGCGCAUUGUUGCGCUGGAGCAGCGCUUGCAGAAAUGGUAUAGCGAAGUCUUGACAGUAUCAAUGCGCAUCGCGGCCAAAUGCCCGAAUGCUUGUCAUCCUUCCCCAACUGCUACAUCUCCGUUUCUCCUUUCUCAAGACGAACCCCAGGGGGGGACGUCGGCAGAAUUAAAGAUCAUUAAGAGAGAAAUUAUUGAUUCGAGCUCCCCGCCGCCGAGUUCUGAUAAGAUCACUCAGGGAGUCGAUGCAGAAUUUUUUUUUGAGGGAGUAUUAGAAGACGAGCAAACAGAUUUAGAUCGGAAGAAUUUAGGGCAUAAGGCGGAAGUAGUUUCGCCUGCAAUCGCAUGUAACCACUCCUCCAUCUCCAUAGCGGAGUCUCAAGGGGAGCAAAUCAACACGCUGAACGUGCUGAAUCAAAUGGUACCUUCUGUCGAAUGCCCAUCACAUUCAAGUUUUCUUACGGUCAAGCAGCCUCUAGAAACCACCCUAAAAGUAGAAUCAAGUUCCCCUGCGUUGAGUGACUCCUCUGUUGUGAAGCCUCCUGCAUCGCAUAGUGUGAUGUCGGCGAUACCUAGGGCUCCCCUUCUGUUUCUUAGCAGUGACGGUACUAACACCUUGACAACAGGGAGCGCAGGGGUGUUCGCUAAGGAGACUCUACUUCUAGAUGCUGUUCAGGACAGAAGCGCACCAUGGGAUGAUUUUUUUGGCCAUCAACUAGGAAAUGAUGAGACUAUAGAAGAGGAAAGUAAGUCGAGCAGGUCGCUAGGUAAGUCGUCGGAACCUAUGUACACAGAUUCUGGCGGUAGAAGCAAACAAAGGCUGCUAGUGAGUGCGCCUCUGUUUUCAUAUCAUCUUUCCACUACUCUGAAGACAAGCCCAUCGAAUCUUACGAAAUAG